GUAAAUAUCGUAGAAGAUUAAGGUUAGUUUUGGAUUGGUUUUAAAUUUGAUUUGUUUUAAUGUAACCCGACUACAAUGCCCAAUUGGAGCCAAAUCCAAAAUCAACUGCGGCAUCCUGCAAACCCGGUAGUAUUUUUUGAUGUAUCGGUGGGAACAACGGAAAUUGGGCGCAUGAUAUUCGAAUUAUUUGCUGAUGUAGUUCCAAAGACAAGUGAAAAUUUCCGGCAGUUUUGUACGGGAGAAUGCAGAAAGGAUGGGGUUCCAUUGGGAUAUAAGGGAGCAAGUUUCCAUCGAGUUAUUAAGGACUUUAUGAUUCAAGGUGGAGAUUUUGUAAAUGGUGAUGGAACUGGUGUGAUGUCCAUAUAUGGGGGAAGCACAUUUGCUGAUGAAAAUUUCACUUUAAAGCAUGAUGGACCUGGACUUCUUUCAAUGGCAAACAGUGGAAAAGAUACUAAUGGCUGUCAGUUUUUUAUUACUUGUGCGAAAUGUAACUUUUUGGAUGGAAAGCAUGUAGUAUUUGGACGUGUGAUUGAUGGUUUACUAGUGAUGAGGAAAAUUGAAAAUGUUCCUACAGGUCCUAAUAACAAACCAAAAAUUCCAGUUACAAUUAUUCAAUGUGGACAAAUGUAGUAUUUUUGUACAUUUUUUUAAUGUAAUGAACAAGUUUUAUUGUUUAUUUGAUACCCUAUUUGCAAGAUACUUUAACAAAUUUAUUAUUUUUGUUAGUUUCUUACUGUUUUAUUAAAAGUAUGGUCGGGAUUAGCCGAUUUUGUAUUUUUAAUUCAGAAUGGUGUUCCUAAUUUUUUUGUGCAGACAGACAAUAGUAUAUAUCAUAUGAGUUGUAAACAAAUUACAUUAAUUAUACAUUUGCAUUCGUAAACCUAUUAUUUCUGCAAAUAUGAUCUAUUGAUUUAAAUAUACAAGUUCCGCAACAAGUAAAGGCUGAUCCAUUA